AUGUCUACCUAUCAAGCCCCGUCCAACGAGCGCGACGCCCUCCUGGCCGCCCUCCAGGAACAGACAGACCUACUGAACGCGCAUCCUGAAGAAGCAGAUAUCAUAAGCAAAGUCAUGGAUGAUCUCGAAGUGCAGCUUGCAGCCUUGGGGGAGGAGGAAGCCCAGGACGACCAGGCCGCUCUAUCUCCGAUUUUCGAGAUGUUUACUAGCCCCCAGCUGCAGACGGACGGAUUCUCGUGCCCCUCGAGCCCUGUCGGAGAGGCUGGCGACAGCGACGCUGACACUGACAUGGAUUAUAGAGACAGUGACGAGGAUGAGCUAAACGACCAUCUUCGUGAGAGAUUCUGCAGCCAUGAGUGCGACCAUGAGUCCUGCAGAGUUGCCAACGAACAUUGGUAUGGUUGCAAGUCCCAACUCCAGGAUGAUUGUGAUUGCAAAAAUGCUUCAGACCGAUACUAA